GUCCAACUACAGUUAGAGGAAAUAUUUCUGGCCUUACGCCAGGGCUUCAUGGUUUCCAUGUUCAUGCCCUUGGGGACACUACCAAUAGUUGCUCAUCGACUGGGCCUCAUUUCAACCCUGAAGGCAAAGAUCAUGGUGCACCUGAUGAUGAGAAUCGUCAUGUUGGUGAUCUAGGAAAUUUGGUUGCUGGCGAUGACGGUACUGCUACUUUCUCUAUUAUUGACAAACAGAUUUCCCUUGUUGGACCAAAUUCCGUUCUUGGAAGAUCUAUUGUUGUCCACGCCGAUCCCGAUGAUCUUGGCAGGGGUCAAACCGAACUUAGCCUGACCACUGGCAAUGCGGGUGAGAGAAUUGCUUGUGGCGUUAUCGGGCUGCAAGAGUGAAGUACAUUUCGACCGCCAUGGUUUAAUGAUGAGCGAUGAAGUAGCGGAGUAUGCAAAGCUAUACUUUGGUUUCCAACACAUAUGCAGUGUAUUCAACUUGGUAUGUGAAAAGGUAUGAAAAGGCAUGGUGAAGUUGGAAGUCUUAUAUCAGAAGUAAAUAAGAUUAGAGUUCAUUGUAUCAAUACUCCACUUCAUACAGAUUUACAUUAUAAACAAAUGAUAUUUUGCUCCUUUCAACAA